GUCCGCUGACAGGAACUACAAUUCUAUAUCUCGCAACACUGUGUCACCACCCGCUGUUCAAACCGAUAACGGGUUUUCCUCCAUGGCGUUGUGAAGAGCGUGCGAUUGGGGGCUAUCAGUGAUGUGAUCUUCUCUGUACAACACGCGACCAGAUAACACCUGUCUGGAACUCAAACUGCCUGCGCUUGGUCGUUAGCGCACUAUGACGCGGGAAUUAUGUGUACGGUCAUAAACGGUUUUGCUGUACUUAUCUCACCAAGCAAGAACUUCACACGGUUUGUCUCGCUCGUGCGUGGCUCGCCUGGACGUAGCGUCAGUAUCCAAGAUAAACUAACCGUGUUUUUCACACGAUGAGGUUUUAAUUAAGUGACCCCUCUCCUCGUAAUUCUGUCAAUAUUUUCUUUUGUUUAAAACUCUGUAUACCAGUGUCUCUGCAGCCUCCUCACGGAAAGGUGUUUUAAUAAUGAGAUAAUGAUUGAGAUGAAACAGUGAGCGGCGGAUCGUUUUGUGGAAGGUCUAUACUCGAUCAAAGGGGCGAGGACGCGUUUCUGGUUUUAGGGAUACCAAGGUAGUUCAUCAACUGAUAGCACCAGUUCACGAAACAGGAUCGAGCUGCUUCUCACUCACAACGAACGUUGCUCUAAAGGAAAACUCUCAUCAAACAUUACGGUUACUCUUCGGUCGACCAAGCCUUCGUCUGUCGGACUUUAAGCCGUUAAAGUGUGUCUGCCUGACUAGACGUGGAAACCAGUCGUCCAUAGAGCAGCAGCCUCUAUCAACCCAACACAUUUUGUGCUGAUCGAGGUAAGAGUGACGCGUAGCUUUUGACUCGUAUCAAGACUACACGAGCAGAUUACGGCGUUAAGUUGACCGUUGUUUUUUAUUAGUUGUCGAGUGGAAGAGCUGACCUAUUUUUUGGUGUACCCUCGAGACCAUAGCGCCAUCUGUUGUCCAUGACAUUUGGAAUGACUAAUCGCUGCGAAUUAAUUAAACCGUAAUUGGAUCAACUGUAAUAUUCAUCAUUGUCAAACCGGGAUCUUGCAGACAGUUUUGUUUUUUUACUUUGAGGAACAAAACCUUCGGCACAGCGUGGCAAGUGGAGCAUUGUUUGUGCAAAAAUGGCGUCCGUCGGCAAUUCUACCGAGGAGCCGUUUGCGGACUUGUAUGGUGAUUCUGAUUGGAUCUACUCUGUGACCGGGUCCUUUUCGUACAUUGUUUGCGUCAUCGGACUGCUGGCGAACACCUGGGUCAUCUGCGUUUUGCUAUGCAAGCUCGGACUAAAGACCGCUGGUAAUAUGUACAUCCUCAACCUGGCCAUUGCCGAUGACCUUUUCUUAGCUGGUCUUGCCCUCCAGGCUGCCUACCAGAUCACGGAGGUAUGGCACUUCGGGGAGUUUCUAUGCCGUGCCGCGCUGGCGUUCGACGGUCUGAAUAUGUACGCGAGUGCCUUCUUCGUGACGGCUUUGAGCAUCGAGAGGUACAUGGCUGUCAGCCGGUCCAGCCGGGCCCGGCUCCAUCGCAAACGGCGCCAGGCUGCUGCUGUUAGCGUCAUCAUCUGGGUGAUUUCUAUACUAGCCGCCAUUCCGACGCUUCUAGCAAGUUACUACAUCACCAACACGAGGGAAGACUACAUCUGCAUCACGACGUUCUCAAACUUCGGCGAACCGGGCGUUGAGUUCUGGAACCAGGCGUUCAUCACCUACAACUUCGUUCUCGGACUCUGCGUGCCGCUACUGGUAAGCUGCUUCUGCUACGGUAUGCUGAUUGUUCAAAUGAGACAAGUGUCAAUGCGGAAUGACGCCGGUGCUGACGUCAAACGCGUCACGCGUAUCGUCACCGGAGUGGUCGUAGUCUUCUUUCUGUGCUGGGCGCCGUUCUAUCUAGUACGAAUGAUACUAGUCUAUAACCCAAGCCUCAUGUACUGGAGUGGUAAACCAUUUGUGUUCGAGCUUAGUCUUUGCUUCACGUAUAUAAACAGUUGUGUCAAUCCUUUUAUUUACGCGCUGAUUAGUGAGAAGUUCAGGGAGAACUUACCGUGUUUGGCACUCCGGGGUCGCGGAUACAUCAGCGGGAAAAGAACUGCCGUCUGUGACCGGAACUCGACGGCACUGACGGACAUCCAUCGGAACUCUGUCAUAACAAACAAUGAUUCUAGUUAGAUAAUCUACUCUCUGAUUUUGAAGAGCUGUGAACUUCACGUGAACUUCGUGAAAUGUUUUCGCUGAAGAGAUUUUUUGCGUUGUCCGGAUUAACUUUAGCUGGUUCGCGGUACAGUGCAAUGCUGCGCUGGUAACAGUGGCAUUAUGUCUGCCUAGUGAACAUAACUCUAUAAAAAGACCCGCCUGUGCCAUGGUACCAAUGUUAACGGGUUAUCAUGAAGACGAGCAGAGUAUACUGUUCGAAACGUCGAGACCACGCGGGAUCGUUACAGAGCCACCACUCCCCCAAACAAUAUUUAUACCUGGUUGUACUGGCAUGUUUACUAGAUAUAGUUAUAGUUAGGUUGUAACAAAUUGUGGCUAGUUGAAUUGUUUAACAAAACAAUCUAACCUCAGCAGGUAAACACUUCGGCGGUGGAGCAGCAAAAGUAAAGUCUACUAGGAGUCUUUCCUUGUAAAAUGGCACAAGCGUGAUAAAGUUCUAAAGGUUAAUAACCUCCAACAAGGGAACUUUCAAGAGCCCCUUUUCAUGCAUAAUCAACGAUUUUGUAUUCCACGCAGUAAAUUCAAACGCCCUCUUUUUCAUUAUAAAUACCAAUGAAUUAAUCAGCAGUAAAUGAAAUGAUUGUCGAGGAAUAAUUUAAAGUAUUAUUGACAUUUGAUAUCAUAUUAAAUCUAUUCAUUUGUUACCGUCUCAUAAAGGCAUUGGACACUAUUACUCAAAAAUAAAUGUCGGCAAAAAAACUUACUUUGU